GAGAGUUGAGUGUUUUGCACGGCGUGCACAGCACAGCGUCUGACUGAAAAACAGUGGUGUCACUGUCACCUGCCAUGGUAGCGUGAUUUUCUGGAGCGCUGACCGAAGACCAGAAUGUUCCGCUUAGACCCCUCGGUGUCGGACAGCUCGGUUUUGAGUCGGCCCUGAUUCCUUUCAGCCAGCGGACAUCCGGACAGGCAGUGGUGUGCUGUGAACCGGCCAGUCACGUGACCAGAGCCAUCACACCCAGGCGUUGGACACUUCCUGUAGUGCAGUGUUGGUGGGAUGGCCUCCAAGCUGUUGGACAGACUUCGACGCACACUGUUCAAAGAAGGAGAAAUCCCAUCUGAAACAGAAGGUAUUGAUGAUUUCCCAGAGAGCUCCGAACUUGAAGAUGAUACGGACUGUAUCUCCGCAAGGCUGGGAGGAACCCUCUGCUUUGAAGGCGAUGGUGCUCAGGAGUCUGGAGAGGAUGCCGGAGAAGGUUCAGGGCCUGAGAGUGAUUCCGAUUUCCUGGGAGAGUCCAUGGAUAAUGCCUGCAGCAGCACAGAAACUAGUCCCGUGGGUCUGUCCCCAAAGGGCUCGUCGAUGUUGACGCGUCAACUGCAGGAGAGCUGGCGGAGUUUGAAAACACGCAGCGUGCCUGAGAGGCUUGUUUUUGAAGUGACCGAUGCCAGUGUGGUCCAAGAGGGCAGUUCCAAAUAUGUGCUCUAUACCAUUCAGGUGCUUCAGUCUGGGUCAUUUGACAAGACCCCAGGCCUCAUCACCCGGCGCUACUCUGACUUUGAGCGUCUGCACAGCCGCUUGCGCCGUCGCCACGGCGAUGAAAUGGAGGGCCUGUGUUUUCCACGCAAGAAGCUGCGCAAGAACUUUGCGGCCGAGACCAUCGCCAAGCGGAGUCGGGCGUUUGAGCAGUACCUGUCCCAUAUGCACUCCCUAGCUGGCCUGCGGCGCUCACCUGUCUUCCUGGAGUUUUUCUACCUGGGCGACCUGAGGGCUGGGCAGAUGCUGAUGCGUGUGGGCCGCUACCAGGAUGCCCUGGGUGCCUUACUCAAUGCGCUGAGGCUCCAGGAGAAACUGGGCUGCCAACAGAUGCUGCAACAACACCAGCACCUCCACCACCACCAGCAGCACCAGCAGCAGCAACACCAACAAAACAGCCCACAGGGUGUUCACUGGCUCUUCAACCUGUGUGCCCUUGUGAGCUGCUUCCAGGACCUGGACCAGCUGGAGGAGGCUCAGGAGCACUGUGACCGGGCCCUGAGGGACAUCGCCCCUUCCCAGGAGGCCCUGCAGCAGCAGCAGCAGCAGCUGCAGCUCCACCCUCUCCUGAUCCCCCUCCUGCAGUACAACGUCAGGCUCUCGUGGAAGAUCUCCAAGGACAAGCGUCAGUGGGAGGCCCUGCUCCAGGAGAUCCAGGACCUGGGGGUGGACGUGGGGAAUCAGCCCAACCUCAAGGAGUACCUGAUCAAGGAAGUGCUGGAAGACAGCGAGGGGGACACCAAGUCCAAAGUCAAAGGAGAUGAUAUCACUUAAUCAUUUACUUGAAGAUGCACACUGUUUGGUUGCCGUGAGGGUGUGGGUUUUAAAUGUGCAUUUUUUUCUCUCUUUUAUUGCAAGGACAUUAACCCUCACACACUCCAGCGACUGAUUUGUACUGAGUAGACUGCAAACCUCUGAGGCCUUUUCCUGAGUGCUUUGGCCAACUGCAACUAUUAGAUAUGCUGGCUGCUUUUUUAUUGCUCAUGCUAUUUUGCAAGUAAAGUGCAGUCAAAUGUAGGUGAUAGGUCUCAGGUUGAUAAAUGCUGUCUAGUACAAAGCUAGAUCAUAUAUUUAGCAUAGCUGUGUCGAAUUAUACAAGGUCAUAAAGUCAGCCUACAAACUGUUAUUUUGUUUGUUUGUGAGAAAGCACACUUUGAAUAUAAUCAAUUGUAAACAGUUACAUUCAGAUCCAGAGAAAAAUGUGUAUCUAAGUGCUAUGAAUCCAACCCAUGACCCCUAAGGAAUAGAUGGCAUUUAUUUUUUUUUAUAUAGUAGUGAAAAUCUGUCUGCUUGAUUCAAUUCUAUGAAACUGCGAUUUACUGCAAUUCACUUUGAUGACCUGUGAUAUAAACUUAAAGGGCCCAUAUUUAUUGAAUUUUAAUAGUGAAACAUAUGUGUUUGUCAGUCUUAUGUUUUGUCUUUACUUUGCUGUUUGGUAAUGUUUUUGUGUUGUUUUGGUGUUGUGACUAACUUGCACAUUUCAGCUUUUUUUUUUUUUUUUUUAAAGACACACUAUAUUGUAGCAUGCUUAUUUUACAGACACAGCAUGUUAUAUUUGUUACAGUUUUAUUCCUGACACAAAUGUAUAGCUUAGCCUGUGGGACACAGAUGUUUUCUUGUGUAAUUCUUCACAGACCUUUCAAUAUAAAACUACCACUCUGUUUAGGAGUCCUGUUAAGUCUGCUUAAACAGAUAGAUUUUUUUAAAAACUGAUCACUAGAGUUGUUUUAAAAGUGCCUUUGCACAGACCUCUCAUAUUUGUGAUGUGAAUGGAAAUAUAUUGCUAGCUGCUCCCUUAAUUAUUUUAUACUAGACACUUGGAUGGAAUAUUUUCGUAUAGAACUGAAGUACUGUGUAGAAAUGCAUGGAUUUGCAAAAGGGACUUAAGGAUACUUUUUGAGGAAAUAAAUAUUUUGAAAAUGCAA